UGCGCGGGGAAGGUAGAGUGUGGGUGUCGGAGGAAAGAUGGUGGAAGUUUGCGCGUGGUUCUCCCGUUAUUAUACCCAGAAAAUCAACAGUAACAAUAAACAUAUUGGUAACCAACCGACACAUUCGUUGUUAGCAGAUCUCAAUUGUGUGAAACCCAACGCCAGGUCGUACAGGUUGCCUUCUGUUGGCUGAUAAAGGGCCCCACGAGUGAGAGUCGCCCCGACCGAUUCGGAACGCCGGCUACCGAUAGCAGCGAUGCCAAAAACACGAGGCCGGUGUGGCCAAAACAAGGGCUCUUUAAGAUAUGAACUACUACAGCUGAAGGUUUCAGCCAGAGCAGCUCAGCUGGAAGGAGGACGAAAUGGAGCUAAAGCGGAGACUCAGGCUAGUGAUGAUGAUCUUGCCAGUGAAGUACUCAGUCAUUACAGCAGUACCAGUGAGACUGCCAGUGUUCCUGAAGAAGGAAAUGAAGCCAUUAAUGUGCAGAUGGCUCAGGAGGAAGCGGAGGAUAAGUUGAAGGAAUGUAUUGAUAAUACAAUGGACAAAAGUGCUAAAACAAGACAAAAUGCCCUUGAAAGUCUCAGGCUGGCAUUCUCUUCCAAAAUCCUAUCGGACUUUUUAGUGGAAAGGAGAGUCACUAUCACUGAUUGUUUGGAACGUUGCUUUAAAAAGGGCAAGGGUGAAGAACAAGCACUUGCAGCUGUUGUCGCAACCCUAUUGUGUAUUCAGCUAGGACCGUGCAAAGAGGCAGAGGAUGUUUUCAAAACCCUGAAAUCUAUUUUAAUUAAUAUCGUUUGUGACAAAUCAGCUAACCUAGCUGCCAAAUACAACUGUGCCACAGCUCUGGGAACAUGCUGCUACGUAGCUGCUAAUGAAGCAGAGGACCUUGCAUCUUGCCUGACAUGUUUGGAGAGUGUCUUCAGUGCUUCAUAUGUAAAGGGGGAUGGAUCAGUGCCCUCCCACAAUUCUCAGACUCAAGUCCUUCACUGCAAUGCCCUGCAGUCAUGGUCCUUACUGGUUACUAUCUGUCCACCCUCCAAAAUUCAGAAGUUCUUGGAAAUUCAUAUGUCCAAAUUACCUGGCCUCCUGUGUAGUGACAACUUGAGUUUGCGAAUAGCAGCUGGGGAAGCGAUAGCACUUCUGUUUGAGUUGGCGCGCAAGACUGAUCAAGACUAUUUAUAUGAAGACACUGGCCAGCUCUGUGAAAAGCUGAAAGCAUUGGCAACCGACAGUAAUAAAUACAGGGCCAAAAACGAUCGGCGAAAGCAGCGCUCCAUUUUCCGAGAUGUCUUGCAUUCCAUCGAGGAUGAAGACUGUCCAGAGGAAACAGUUAAGUUUGGGGUUGAGUGCCUUUACAUUGACAGCUGGGCCAGAAGAAGAGCUUAUGAUGCCUUCAAAGAUGUUCUUGGGUCUGGUAUCAGACACCACCUCCAGCACAAUGAAUUGCUGCGAGAUAUCUUUGAACUGGGUCCUCCUCUCGUAUUGGAUACUGCUGCUAUCAAAGCCAAUAAAAUUUCAAGGUUUGAAAAGCAUCACUACAACUCUGCUGUAUUCAAGGCAAGGACAAAGGCAAGAAACAAAGUCCGCGAUAAAAGAGCUGAUGUACUUUGAGAAACCAAAGCAACCAUCAUGUUAGACCUCUGUUGCUGCUCACUGUGAAUAUGAAUUACAUUUAACAGGGUUUUCAGUAUUGUGUAAGCAAUCAUGGAGCCUUUUAACACUGCAUGUACACACAAAUCGUUGCUGUGUUGACUUUUUAUUUAACUGAAUUAGCAUUUUAAAUUGUGUAGAAAUUUAACAGAUUCUCUGUAAGAUUGCCUCUAAAAUAAUGUUUCUAUCAAAUCAAACCAUACAGUAAAUUAUCUUUUCUCCAUUUGAUCCCUUGCCUUGCAAAAUGAAUUUGUAAAGUUAAUCAUUUUGUUGAAAGUAUAUUAAUGGGGAAAUUGAUUAAAUAUUUCAAAUUUAUUUAAUUUUGCAAAAAAAAGAAAAUCCUAAAAAUUAAUAGGUAGACUUUUCUAUUGUUUUCUACCUACACUUUGUAUCAGCAGGUAUCUGCUUUUUAAAUACAGGAAUAGUGAGAUCAACUGGGACAGGAGUUGAAUUUGCAGAAGGUAGUAUACGGUUCAUUUGGUGACCAAACAUGGUAACUGAGAUGUUUAUUUUGGAGUUGACAUUUUUUCUGGUUACACCUGUAAGUUUAAACUCAACUCCAAACUUUUGAAUUCUCAUGGACGUAGUCAACUUUUUUUGUCUUGUGAUUUCCAAGAUCUUUGUCCAUAAUUUAAAUCAUGCACCAUAUGGAGACUGUUUACGUUUAGUAUGGUUUACUUAAAAAUGCACGCUUCUGCCUUUAUUGCAUAAAUUUUAGAUUUUUGCUUCAUUUGUUUAUAAGCAGUAUUGUAUUUCCUUUCUGAGUCUGGAAUAUCAAUCUUAAAAGUAUUUAUUCAGGGCAAAUAGAUUUACAAUAGACUUGAAAUUGAAAUAUUGUUCAUUCAAUUUGUAUCAAAGAAUUAGUAUAACAGAAAAUGUUUUUCAUUAAUUCUAGCCAAAUGAAUGAAACAAUUGGUGCUUUUUAAUAUUUAUCUUGAGUUUUGUGUUUAUAAAGCUUGUUGCUUAUGUUACCUCAUUGCGAGGGUUUCUGUCCCAGCUUCUAACUGGGUAGGAUUUGCACACCUUACCAAUAUUGCUCCAAGACCAGAGUGCCGGCCGAAAAUGGUUCUCUUCUUCUGACCAGUUGGUGUAUCUGUACAAGAUGUACUUGAAUAUUCUUCUUUUGGGCAGUGUAACAUCAGAGAGAGUACAGAUUCACUGGAGAACAGUUGAACCAGGUGUCCUCCAAUUUGAACUGGGCUUCUGAGUGAUUCCAUCCAAACAUACAAUUAGUCUACCAGCUUAGUGAUGUGUUAUUUUUAAGAAUUAUACAAAUAAUAUUGCUACUGGUAUUUGCAUUUUUCCCAGGAGUUGUGCUUUUUUAAAAAUCUGGGUGCUGUAUCUACAAACUUAUUAAUUUUAAAUAACACUCAGAAAAUGCUGGAGGAGUUAAGCAGGUCAGUUAGCAUCUAUGGAAAAGUACACUUCAGUUCUGAUGAAGGGUCAACUGUUUAUUCUUUUUCAUAGAUAUUACCUGAUUUGCUGGGUUCCCUCAGCAUUUUGUGUGUGUGUGUGUUACUCUGGUUUUCCAACACCUGUAGAAUCUCUAAUUCUCCAGAAUUUUCUUCUUGUGUUAUCUCUGUCCAAAAUACAAAAAUCUUACAUUAUCUUAGUGGAUUUAUGUUUUGACUUUAGUGCUUUCAGUUCUGCACCCAGUCUUUCUUAUGUCUCCAAUCAGUAGACUGAAAAUAUACCUCUUGGAACAAAAAUCCACUGGAACUCAUACUGGUCUAACAUAAUUAAUACUUCCUGAUAGUGGCAUUUACUGAUUUUAUAAAAUCCAAUUAAAGUGAAGAAUAAAACUCAUCAUUGGUUGAAGCAAAUUGAUGAGUAAUGUAGAGAUGACAGCAUUAAGCCUGUUAUAGUUCCAUUGUAUUUGUUGGCGGUUUAGCUUGUCUGCAGUGCAAGUGAAUCCCAUACCUGAAUAGCCAACAACCACCUGUCAGAUUGGAAAAACGACUUACAAACAUAACUGCCUCACUCCCCUUCCCCAGGAGAUUAAUUUAGAUGAAUGGCAUUUAGGAUUCCGAGAGAUACAAGCACCCGGUAUUCACCCAGUUUGAUGGAUUUGCCUUUAGCCCAGAUUAUUUACAGGUGUGUUUAUGCAAACUGUUUCUGGCUAUCAAAUUAUUUUAUUAAAAUGAGGAACGAAUUCUGUAUAUGUGCCUUUGCAUAACGUGUGCUGUAUCUGAAAGAGCUUAUUAAAAACAUUAUGA